AUACAGCUGCCAAGAAAGUGGAAGGCAGUGAAGCAGAAGAGAAAGCACCCUGCCACAGGAAGCUUGGCAAAAAUGAAGAUGGUCUCAGCACUGCUCCUGCUGAGCACCCUCCUGGGUACCCCCAUGGCACCUGCCCAGCAUCCCUCUUGUUACAGAAGAGCCCUCAAAGACCACAACUGUGACAGCAUCCCCGCAGGCAGGGAAAACCUUCGUCAAAUCGAUGAUGGUCUGCAAAAUCACUUUUGGGAAGGGAAGGGCUGUGACAUGAUCUGUUACUGCAGCUGGAAUGAAUUGCUCUGCUGCCCAAAGGAUAUUUUCUUUGGACCAAAGAUAUCUUUUGUGAUCCCCUGCAACAGUCAGUGAUGGACAUCAAGUCUGCCAGUG